AUGGCGAACAAGGAGAACAACAACAACACGCCACAGCCUGGCACCAAGCCCAAGCCCAAGACCAAGCCCAACAUUAAGCCCACGCCCAUAAAGGUUCCAGAAUCAUGCAAAUUGACCUCGGAUGGUGGUCUCGCAUCGCCCUGGAUGAAACUCGGCUACGACAUGGGUUUGAAUCUCACAGCUCCUCGCACACCUGACCACGAGAAUGUCCAGGCAUCUCCAAAGCCCAUCGGUCAGCGCAAGGAGAAUACUCCCGUGGCUGCGAACGCUGCCUCUCCCAAGCACAAAGCGGCCGCCCCAAUUCCUCCCACUUCCACCCCAGAGAAACCCAAGAAGGCCAAGAACACCGUAACACCCUCAAAGCGCAAGCACAGCGAUGCUCGCGAUGAAGACAUUAGCUACUGGUCCAGCACCCGCAAGAACAGCCUGACGCGAACUAGGCAUCGUUUCGAGCCUCGUUCUGAUGACGAAGAUGGCUACCGCCCCAAGCCGCGCCGCAACAGCAACACCAGCGAGCAGGACGCUUAUCAGUACGGGCCGGGCGACGAUGACGAGGAGGAUGAGUACGCAACUAUCUAUGACGGUGACGAUCAAGGUGCCAAGAUGCGGCGGUACUGA